AUGGAUCUUUCAAUCGACGACUGUGAUGCCAGAAUUUUUCGCUACUUCCAAGACUUUGUGAAGGUUGUGGAGGAUAAUGGUCUACAGCAACUGAUCGGCAAGACCGACCCGUCUUUUCCUGGCUACAGGGACAGAAUGAAGGCGCGGUGCAAGCUCCUGAUGGAGAAUUUGCAGCCAGCAGUUCUGCGAGAACAGAUUGAGCGUCUGGUUGAUUUGGAGCGACGUGACUGCCGUACAGGUGACGUCGCACGUUUUGACCUAAUCCUAGAGAACGCCAAGGCGCAGCACCGAGAAUGCCCCCGUUGCUGUCACUUCCCGUCCUGCCAAGAACCAAGUCAGCAAGUCGCAGAAGCAGCCAGCUACGACGACGGAUCGCCGCACGAAGUCAGGUGCUCCGGCAGGGACGCGUCCGACGAAGGCUGCCAAGCCUCCUGUAGAUGGAUGCCUGGUGUGCGGUGGUGCCCACUGGCUGAAGGAGUGCCCUACGGCUACGGAAGAGCAGCGAAAGGAGGCUUUGGAUAA